GGUCACGUGACUGGGUGGAGUGGGGUAGCAGUUCCAAACAACGGCGUCAACACCCGGCAUAGUGAAUUUGUGCAACGAGGUUGAGUGUCGUGCUGUGAUUGUGUUUGAAAAAGUUUUUGUAAAAAAUUACUCAGGAUAUCUGAAUUGAAUGAUCACAAACUCUUCCCUCAUAGUUAACCUCAAUUUUGGAUUAAAGUGUUUCUACUUAGUAAAAGGCAUUGCUUCCCAAUGUUCCAAAGAUCCAUUUAAUUACCUCUGCUAAAAUUACGUAUGUAGUCCUGAACUGUGAAUCAAACAGCAAUACAUACCAAAACAUUUGAUUUUUAGUACGUCCACUUGUUUGCAUACAGAAUUUGAGUCAUUAGCCGACACUCCACUCAUAAAAACAUAGUUCGUGUGAUACCCUAGAGGAUUAGUGAAAUUAAUAGUUUGCUGAUCUCAAGCUAGUUGGUAGGAUGGGAGUGAAGCAGAGCAAGAGGUCGGGGUCAGUGGACAUCUCGGGCACGCCGAAGAAGGGCGAAGUGGAGAAUGGCGCUGCGGUCGAAGGUGGCCGCCUCGAGAAGCUGGAGGAGGGUGACGUCAUCAAGCCCGCACAGAACGGCACGGCUCCACACGCUGAACAGGAGGCUCCACUGGUGAACGGUGGUGGUGACCACGCAACUCCGGAAACACCAGAGAAGAGCACCGAAGAAGCGAAAACGCCGGACGAGCCGAAAACGCCCGACACCCCAGCGACGACAGAGGCCGACUCGGACACCCCCGCCAGUCCGACCACGCCGGCCGAGAACGGAUCAGCCACCCCCGACCAGACACCCUCCAAGGAGGAGGAGGGCGGCAAGCCCGAAAAGAAGAAGAAGGAAAAGUCCAAAAAGAAGUGGUCGUUCAGAUCGAUCAGCUUCUCUAAGAAGGACAAGACCAAGCCGAAUGUCACCAAGGACGAGUCGGCCGGAAAGAACGGCGAAGUCGCUAAGGAGGCCGCCUUACCUGAGGUUGCUGAAACAACUGAAGCUCCAGUGGCCGAAGCAGAGGCAACAGAAAAAGUAGCCGAGACUGAGAAGGCUGCCGUGGAAGCAGUAAGCGAGAAGAAAGAGGAGGAAAAGAAAGAAGAGAAGAAGGUUGUGGAGGCAGUGAAGGCAGUGGAGGCAGUGGAGGUGGUUGCGGCAGCAUCUGAGGCGGUCGCCGCCGUCACAGAGGCCGUGAAGAGUGCGGAAGCACCCGUGGUCAGCACCCCGCCGCCGGCACCAGUCUCCGUCGAAGCCCCAGCUGCACCCGCAGCUCCCGCUCCAGUCGAAGAGCCAGCUGCACCAGUUGAAGCAGCGCCAGUUGAGAAGCCAGUUGUCGCCGAUCCAGUGUGUCCCAUUGUCCCGCCAGCUGCCCCCGUCUCUGAGCCUGAGCCGCCAGUUGUCAAAGAGCCUGAAGUAGAAGUAGUAGCCGCCGCCCCCGUUGAAGAGGCCCCAGCCGCCCCCGUUGAAGAGGCUCCAGCCGCCCCCGUUGAAGAGGCCCCAGCCGCCCCCGUUGAAGAGGCCCCUGCACCUGUAGCAGAAGAGACAGCAGCCGUGCCGCCUCCCCUGCCGGCCAGUCCUCCUCCGACCGAGGCACCGCCCCCAACCCCCGUCGCACCCACCCCGGCCCCAGAAGUCGAGCCCGAAAAGGACACCCAUGAGACCGAGGAGGUGAAUGGAGGAGGUGAAGGAAUGGCUGAAUUCGAGGAGGAGCAGGAGGACAAAUCCCUCCCUCUCCCUCCACCACUUGUCAACGGAUUCGGUGAUGACGGUCAUCACUCGGUGAUCGAAGAAGUUAUCAGCCAAAUGGAGAAAGUAGAAAUAGUUAAAUCUUUGGAUCUUAACACAGAUAUUCCAGAAUUGAGUUCUGUUGAAUGCAACAAUGAAGUGAACUCUUAUGAAUGCAACAAUGAUGUUUCUGAUUCGGUAGCAACCAUGGACUAAAGAGCCAUCCACAGAUGAGAACGAGCGCUCACGUAUAUAUAUAAAUAAUGUAUAGUUGGAUAAAAGUGAAAGUGUGGAUAGAAAUUUGUAAGAACUUUUUUUCGUUCGCCGAAAUAAUUAUGCGCACAUGUCACUUUUUGUUGGAGCUAAAAUUCAAGUGACAAGUUCAUUUGAUUGAAAUUAUUUGAAUGCGAACAAAAUAAGAACAAAUUAUUGUCUCAACUUUCCACAACUAUUGUCUUUCGUAUUUCGUUGAACAGUGUAGUUACUGUUGAAAGUUUAUAAACAAUUCUACAAGGUGGGAUUCUUCCAAUGGCAUUUCGUCUAGACGGUGAAAUAAUUUGUGUUCAAUUUCAAUUGCAAAUUUUAGAAGAGAAAACAAACAUAUAAAAUUCCAGGUAAAACGCUUUGUGCAUUGGGAACAAUUUAUCUCAGCACUAGGCUUCUCUGUUCUGGAACAGCACAACUCAACUUCCAAUCUCAAUGAUUGAAAUACACCCCUAAUUUCUAGACUCCUAGAUCUCUCUAAUUGGUGAAUUCGUUUUCAGAUUGGUUUGAUCAAAACAUGAAUAAGUAAGCAUGAUCAAACAACACAAAACUUUCGCAUGGCAGUAUGUAUCAAUAUUAUCAUUCAUAAAUGUAGAAUAGAUUUAUAAUUAUAAUAUUAGUAGUCUAGCCAGUUUUAAAUUCUGAAUAAUCAGUAAUGAUAUUUACAUUGGAAUGUUUGUUUAUAUAUAUAUUAUAUAUUUCACUGCAAGUGUGAAUGUGAAUUAGAGGUUACAUGAAAGUCAGCGCUGAGCGGCUUUUUGUUUGUAAAGCUUUUUAUAUGUAUUAAAUAUUAUUGAUAAUUACUAUAUAUAGAAAUUGCUAAUUGAAAAUUGUAAAAUAGUUUUUUUUAAUAAAGUUUAAAUGCAAUGCUUAUUAUUAUCAUUACUUAUGAUUAUGAUGUAUGUAAUUUUAGUGGCAAGAUUGUAUGUGUAUAAACUUGAUGGAUGAUUGAUGUGUUUCGGCCAGCCAGCACACUCCAACUCCAACUCAGUCCUCACGCCCACUUAACCCAAUCAUCACGAAAACAAAUUCACAAAUGUUUAAUCAACAAAUAGGGCGGGACUGGGGAUAUAUAUUUUUUUAUCUAUUUUUUUAUUCUUUUCACUUGUAGUUUUGUAGACUUCUUUGAAUGUUCAUUUUCAUUUAAUUGGUUCUUCAAUACAGUUUUGAGUAGACAACAUGGUAGAAUGAAACAGGCGAUGCUAUCGCAAAUCGAAGGUUUUUGCAGCUAAGAGAUCGUAUAUCAUAAUGAUGAGAACGCAAAAUCAGAACAAAUUUAGAAUAAUUGUUUGAGAUCUCCAUUAAGGUUGUUAGAUUGGAGUGGGGAAACUGCUUGAUAGCGAAUGAAAUUACCAAUGACUCUAAAUUAGUUGUAGAAUAAUUUCAAGACUGGCUCUUGUUUUCGAGAUUAUCUUAGUUUGUGUUUUAAUUUCCAUAAUCCUUGAAAAUUGGAGCAAUGCUUGAAAUAUACAUGUAAUGAUAAUUGUAUUAUGUUUAAACGUUAGUCUAGUUGGCUAUGAGUAGAACUAUUGAACAAUAUCUAUUUCUCUUCACUGGUGCCAAAACAUCUUACCUUGAGUUUGCUAUGUCAAAAUAAGGAAAGUUUCAAACCAAGUAUAUUGCUAUUUUGAUAUUUAUUACACAUUAGUGAAACAGCUUCAAAUAGUUCUAAUUAAUGUCAUGUCUCCAAGCAUUGCCGUUCAAAUUGAGAAAGAGAAUAUUGUUAUGUGGUAGAGAAAUUUUUUAUACAGAAUAGCAUUUGUGAAUUUUUCGAAUUCAUUCAUUUUUAAUGAAUUAUCAUAUAUGAAUAUAAAUUAUUAGAUUUGAAUACCGAGAAAAUUUUCCUUCCGUAUGUUUGGAUCUUCGACAUAUUUUACAUUCAACUUGACUGAUGAGAAAUUUUGGAGAACUGGUUUCUUAUUCCAUCCAAAGUAUAAAAAUAGCGUCAAGAUAUCAUCAAAAGUUUGUUACUGUAAACUCGACUAAGACUCGUUUUGAUAAGCAACGAAGCUGUAAUUUUUUGUGUACUUCCUAUUUAAAUAAUUGUUGAAUUUAUUAUUCUAAAUGUACAUAGAAAAUAUCAGCUUUGUAAAUGUUCUACUAGAAAUUAUUGUAUGUCAAUUUUAAAACUAACCUUCCAUUUAUACACAUCAUACCAUAAUGUAUAAAUUAUGAUAAUUGAUUUGAAUUGAUUUUAUAUGAAAAUAUAUAUUAUCAUGAUCCCCACUCAAUCUUAUAUUGUCGUGUGAAUGUGUUUAUAGAUUUUAAAAUAUACAAUGUUUCAAAUUUUUUGUUCAA